CUCCACCAACAGCGUCUCUUCAAAAUGUCGAGUACCGAGAACGCCGCGCCCACCGCAAGUGCCGACCCCAGCGACUCUGGCGACGCGGUCUCCUGCGACCCUGGCGGAGGAGCUGACACCUACUUCGGCCUGAGGGUCGCGUCGGUGUUCAUUAUCCUGGUAGCGUCGAGCUCGGGUGCGCUCUUCCCGGUCAUCGCGAGGAGGACCAAAUGGAUGCGCAUCCCGAAGUCGGUCUUUGAAUUCGCCAAGUACUUUGGUUCUGGCGUCAUUAUCGCUACCGCCUUCAUCCAUUUGUUGGACCCUGCCUUGCAGGAACUGGGUAACGCGUGUCUGGAUGAGAGCUGGAGCGAAUACCCCUAUGCCCUCGCCUUCUGUCUGAUCAGCAUCUUCGCAAUCUUCAUCGUCGAACUGAUCGCGUUCCGCUGGGGCAGCGCGAAACUCGCGAAACUCGGCAUCGCGACAGACAUGCACAACCACGGCUUUGGUUCAGGAGAGCCCGGCCCCGAGCACCAGCAUGGCGAAGUGACGGAGGGCGCUCGCGAAAAGCCCAUCAGCGACUCCGAGUCGCAGCUCUCCGACGUCGACGCGGACUACAAGGAGGGCCUGAGGGCAGGCGCGAUGAAGAGCAACGUACUCGAUACCCCGUCUGCCCAGAUCAUCGGCAUCGGUAUUCUCGAGUUCGGUAUCGUCCUGCACAGCGUCCUGAUCGGCAUGACGCUCGCCGUCGACCCCGAUUUUACCACCCUCCUGGUCGUCAUCGUCUUCCACCAGCUGUUCGAGGGUCUUGGUCUCGGCUCACGGCUGGCGUACAUGAAGCUGCCCAGCAGGCUCAACUACGUCCCCGUCGUGGGCGCGAUCCUGUACGGGCUGACCACUCCCAUCGGUAUCGCCGCGGGCCUCGGGAUCCGCUCGUCGUACAACCCCAAUACACCUAGGGCUAGUAUCACCUCCGGCGUCUUGGACUCCAUCAGCGCGGGUAUCCUGAUCUACACUGGUCUCGUCGAGCUCAUGGCACAUGAGUUCCUGUUCAGCCAGGAGAUGACCAAGGCCUCCGCGAAGAAGCUCACCUACGCCAUCGUCUGCAUGUGCCUCGGGUGCGGCCUCAUGGCGCUCCUCGGGAAGUGGGCGUAAACCCCAGCUUUGCCACCCCUCUCACGACACUGGACUCUCAUGCUUGUACCCGAUAUUUAUGCUCGGUCUUGUUUUUGAGUCAGCCUGUUGCCACGUUACGGGUUUUAGUUAGAAGGAAACGCCUGUUGUAGGAUAUGUUGCUUUACGAUUAGAACAUAUUGCGUAAUGAUCACCAAAGUAUUUGGAGGAUUCUCA